GUCGCGACCACAGUUUGUAAGCAUCCCCAAAAGUGGCAGGAGACUGGACCAGUAUCUGAUUUUUAUUUGUUUAGGUAGUUGCAGUUGGUGUUGUAGUGGAGGUUAGACGUCGAUAGCAUUAGCAUCCAAAGCCGAACCAAAAAUGUUACUUCUGAGAAACCGCCUACUCCCUUCUCCUUCUUUGUUACUUCUGCCUAAAUCCACAUCUUUCCCCCUCUCUAUCCCAACCUGUCUCUCCCACUCCACCCGCCGCCAAUAUCCAACCCAGAAUGCAACAUCAGCCUCUGCCUCGAAGACCACUCAAACACCACCUAUCUCCGAUGCCGCCCGGUUCGUCCGGACAGUCCUGUUUGUUCCGCCCGGAGUUGACCCUGACGAGGUCACCGAUGACAUGGUGCUACCCGGCUCGAAUAUCGUGGUCGGACCCUACACGGGUGACUCCCGGAUUAAGGAAGUGGAGUUCGUGAAGAGCAGCGGAAGGGCCAAGGAUUGUCCCAAGGAUGACCGACCUGAGUUUGCAAUUUUGGGUCGCUCUAAUGUUGGCAAGUCUUCACUUAUCAAUGCCCUCGUUCGCAAAAAAGAAGUUGCUCUUACAUCUAAGAAACCAGGAAAGACCCAACUUAUCAAUCAUUUCUUGGUAAACAAGAGCUGGUAUAUCGUGGAUUUGCCUGGUUAUGGGUUUGCUAAAGCCCCAGAUGCUUCUCGAAUGGAUUGGUCAUCUUUCACCAAAGGCUAUUUUUUAAACAGAGAUACUCUUGUUGCUGUCCUUCUUCUUAUUGAUGCAAGUGUUCCGCCUCAGAAGAUUGACCUGGACUGUGCUAAUUGGCUUGGACGGAACAAUAUACCGUUGACUUUUGUUUUCACAAAGUGUGACAAAAUGAAGGCAAGCAAAGGAAAGAGGCCCGAUGAGAACAUCAAGCUCUUUCAACAGCUGAUCAGACAAAAUUACCGGGAACAUCCCCCAUGGAUCAUGACCAGCAGUGUCACUGGUUUGGGCAGAGAUGAGCUACUCCUACAUAUGUCUCAGCUAAGAAACUACUGGGAUCAAUAGGAACAGUUUCAAAGCCAGAUGUAAGAGAAGGUACUAGGUAGGCUUUUUAUUUGAAAGAAAGCUUGCAAAGCCAAAAAAAGUACAUCUUUGUUAUAACAAUGCAUAACACAAAAAAUCCCAAGGACAUGAAGUGAGUCUUCUAUGGUGUUAUUUUCUAAGGUGUUAUUUUCUAAGGUUCAUGUCCUCUGAUUGGAUCUUUUUGAAAUGUAAGAGAGAUUUGUACAUUGACUCCAUGGUGAGCUACACCAUUCUCCAUGUGUAUAUAAAUGCAUGAUAUGAGGUGCUUUCCUGAAA